CCGGAAGAAGCCGGAAGUGGGUCUGUAUUCCGCGCUUUUUGUUGUGUUUGGACAUGCACGACACCGCAUCAGGUCUGGCGGAUGCAGUGUCCUACGUUGCCACCUGUUGUAAAAUAAAAUGUUGCAAGUGAAGGAUAUGUGGCAUUAUAGGUGAUACGUAAAGUCCAGCUUUGUCCAACAAAGAAUUAACUCAAGUGUAAGUAUCAUCAAGCAGUGUAACAGUAAAUGCACAUUACUAGAAAAUUAAAGACAUGGGUGCAUGGAUAUUUCAGAUUUACUGAUAGCAUUUCAAAGGAGUUGUGAGAUUCAGUAGGUACAUCUUCAUUAGAAUAGAUACAGAGUCUCCAAUCAAGCACAAUAUUGCUUCUCUCACAUUUUGUGUUCCUUCACUUUUCACUGCCUUUCACUGACAGAUGUCUUCUUAAAAAUGCAUUAAUUUGAAGAAGAAUCAUGGUUCUGUGUAAGGAGGAAUGAUGUGAAGGAGGGGGUGGCUGGUGCACUAGAAAAGGAGAGUCACAUUUCCCAAGCUUUUUCAAAUGUCUGUUGAAGGAGAUAGUGCUCUAUUCAUAGAUUUGAUAAACAUAGAUCAUCACCAUUAAGUGUUUCCUCUGUGUGAAUCUGUAUGGGUGCAAUGCAUGCAAAAGGUCAAAGUCUGGCUGGAGUGUGACAAAGUGUGUGUAGGAUAAACAAAAACAUCAGCUGUUAAAUUAAAUUUGAUUUUUGUUUACAUAAUGAGUUCCAGCUAUUUAUAUAUAUUAUUGAACUGUUAAUUUGGUUCAGUCAAGGUAAGUUGUUUGCCUAAGGAAAUGUCAUACAAAAUAGCUGUUCAUUAUUCAGAAAGAGGACAUUUAUUAUGGAACGGAUCAUGUAAUUUAGCUGUCAAGAGAGGAGGUUAGAGAAUUUUGUGUUGUUUGAAGAUGUUUCAUCAGCUUUCCUGAGUUAAUUUUGGCCUGUUAAUUAUGUGUUUUGCAUGGUUGAACUGGAGUACAUGGAUCACAUCUGUAGGAAAAGUAAAGAGACGCAGUACAGACGGCCACUGCAGCAGCAAGAGAGUGUAAGAAAUGCCGCAAAUAAACAUCGAAAUACUGCGGAGAGUGAGUGGAAAAUCUGCAGACGAAGAUAAGCGUGUCAUGUGUUCAUCCAAAGACGAUUUAUGGUGAAAUGAGCGUGUGAAUAGGCACUGGUGGGUUGAUGACCAGCCAUAAAGCACGGGCGGGAGAGAUGAGGAAGGACGUUUUCAAGAGAGGAGAAACAAAGGGAGGAGUAAAAGAGAGAGAGUGAAAUGGUGGUAGAUAAAGACGAGGCCAUGAGCUCUGCGCCUCCUUACGACUCGCUGCCAGCUCGGCCAAGUCCCUGCCGUGCAAAGGAGUGGGAGCGAGAGUUGCACGCUACUCAAAGACUAUCUUCCCCUCUACGACCGGCUCUAUCCUCUGUUUCCCGUCGGCCUUCGGCACUCCCUGGCUAUCUGCUCUCACCCUCCCGAGAUUACGCUGACCAGCAGCAACGUCUUUCAUUAUCACUGUGCUCAGAGGCCUCGCUGGCGCCCCCUGUGCCUGCAGUUGGUGCUGCCCCACCGUGCUGCCGGGCGGUGGGAGUCAUGCCCUUGCUGCGCCUUGCACUCCUGAUUUUCAGCUUCCUUUUUUGGGCAGCAGGCCUUGCAAUCUUUACUCUGGGCAUAUGGGCGCAGGCUUCGCUAUCCGACUACAUGCUACUAUCGGCGAACCACUACCCUAACGCGCCCAUCGUCUUGUUAGGCACAGGUGCUGCUGUGACCGCCUGGGGCUUUUUAGGAUGUUUGGGAGUGGCUGCCAACCUUCCUUACCUUCUGCGGGCGUAUGGCUUCUUCCAGUUGGUCACACUCAUAGGUGGACUAGCGGCGGGUCUCUCGGGGCUCUUCUACAGGGAGGAUAUCGCUGAAGGUUUCCGUAGCGGACUUCAGAAAGCUGUAUUAGAUUACGGAGAAGAGGAGGGCCGUGCAGAUGCGCUGGACAGCCUUCAGAGGGCGCUGGAGUGCUGUGGCGCUGAGGGUUGGCGUGAUUGGCUAAUGUCCGAUUGGGCUAUCCAAGAUGCUGUGUACUCAACAGGAAGUUUGGGGAAUGAUUCCUCUGCUGUGUCUUUACCAGACAGUUGCUGCAUAAAACGCAAAGGCUGCCGCAACAGACCGUUGCCAGAGAAUGGAGGCAUGAACAUCGAGCUAGCAGGGAUUCAUGCUCCCGGUUGUUUCCGCAAAGUCUUCAGCUUGGUAAAUGACAAUGUUUUUCACAUUGCAGCAACAGUCCUGGGCCUUGCUUUCAUCCAGGUGGCAGGUAUAGCCCUCGCAUGUCUGCUUGCCAAUCGUCUUUCGCCCAGACCGCGAAGACAAGCCCGUUGAAUUAAAAAGC